AUGGUUGAAUCUGCGGUCUCGACCUCUGUACCCGGCAGAGAGCAACAACGUCUCCCCAGCGACGACAUUUAUGGCAAAUAUUAUCCCAUCAACCCAAGCAAUCUCAGUCUAGAGUCUAAUUUCGGGCCUAUGGACCCGGAGAAUAUUGGCUACUUGCAGCCGACUUCCAAGGAUACCCCACUGGAAAUCAUGCGGGAGAGGUUUAACCGUGAUGGAUAUCUUCUGGUAAAAGGCCUCCUCCCAAAAGAACCCGUCCUCAAAUGCCGCCGCGAAUACUUCGAGUACAUGUCCCCAUCUGGCCUCCUCAAGCCCGGCACGGAUGCGGUCGAAGGAAUCUUCAGCGGAAAGGACAGUCGCAAGUACCUGCCACCAGGAAACCUUCGCCGGCUUUUUGGACUCAAGGAUGACGAAGAGUCGGAGAAAUACCUGGAGCUCAUGAUUAGCGCACAUGAAGCUCAAUUUUACCUCGACUUCUGUGAGAUAGAGGAGCUCCGAACAUUCAUCAGGCGGUUCGCAGGAUGGGAACACAUUACCAUGUUGCAACGGACGCUGUUGAGAGCAUUUGUUCCCGAUAGCGAACUAACGCCCGUCCACUUCGAUCAGAUGUAUCUCCGGGCCGGGCCACCGACUAGCCUCACGGCGUGGGUGCCUAUUGGGGAUAUCUCUCUGGAAGGUGGUGGGUUGAUGUAUCUGGAAGGCUCGACUGAUAUUGGGCAGAAGACAGAAGAAGAGUUCGGUCGAAACGCAGGAAAUCUAACUGAUGAGGAGCGUGUGUCUGCUUUCAAUAGGAACAUGAAUGACGGUGGAUUUCUGAGUCGAGAUACGGUUGAGUACGGGCAGAAAGCCAAUCGGAAGUGGCUGAUUGGGGAGUAUGAGGUCGGGGAUGUCAUCUUCCAUAACCCGUGGAUGGUCCAUGCUAGUUGCAAGAAUAAGGACCCUCAGAGACAGAUUCGAUUGGCAACUGAUUUGAGAUUUGUGGACUCUACAAAGCCGUAUGAUAAGCGCUGGAUGAAGGUUUUCCGGCCAUUGGAUGGGCUUUGA